AUGGGGACAGAUGAGCUGCUGCAACAGAGCCUCGUGGCGCUGGCGGCGGCCGUGGUGGUGACGGGGGUGGCCACGAUGUCAUCUUGGAAGGCGGCGGCAACAUACGGCUUCGGCAUCCUGGUCAUCGCCAGCGUGCUCCUGCCCGACUGGGAGUUCUUUGACCACGACUUCAAGAAGUACGAUGAGGCCAAGGUCAACAACCGCUUCAAGCGCGAGGAGGUCAUCAUCAACGGUAGGGAGGGCGACCAGGUCAAUAAGGCCAGCGCCUGGCUCAAGAAGUAUGAGAGGAAGUUGGAGAAGAAGCGGGCCAAGGCAAUGGAGAAGGUGCAGAACGAGGUGGCCAAGGUGCAGCGCAAGGCGGAAGAGAAGCGCACGUUGGCGGAGGCCAAGUGGGGCACCAAGGUGGCACGCAUGCUGGAGCUCGCUAACUUCAUGAGGGCCGUCGGGAGGGUGCCCUCCACCAAGCGCUCCUUCUUCUGA